GCGCGGCGCAGCCAGCAGCCCCCGGGCUCGGCUCACCUUCGCCGGCACCAUGAUCGCCGCGCAGCUGCUCGCCUAUUACUUUACCGAAUUAAAGGAUGACCGGAUCAAGAAGAUCGAUAAGUAUCUUUAUUCCAUGCGGCUCUCAGAUGAAAUGCUUAAUGAAAUCACAAAACGAUUUAAGAAAGCUAUGAUAAAUGGCCUCUCCAGAAAUUAUAAUGUAACUGCUUCUGUGAAGAUGCUGCCAACAUUUGUGAGAUCCAUUCCUGAUGGCUCAGAAAAAGGAGAUUUCAUUGCUCUGGAUCUUGGUGGUUCUUCCUUUCGAAUUCUACGAGUACAAGUGUCUCAUGAGAAACAUCAGACUGUUCAGAUGGAGUCGGAGGUUUAUGAAACGCCUGAGAAUAUAAUGAAUGGCAGUGGAAACCAGCUUUUUGAUCAUGUUGCUGAAUGCCUGGGUGACUUCAUGGAGAAAAAGAAUAUCAAAGACAAGAAUUUACCUGUUGGAUUUACCUUUUCCUUCCCCUGCCGACAGACAAAAAUCGAUGAGGCUGUCCUCAUCACCUGGACCAAGCGCUUUAAAGCCAGUGGUGUGGAGGGAUCAGAUGUGGUCCAGCUGCUCAACAAAGCUAUCAAGAAACGAGGGGAUUAUGAAGCCAACAUCGUGGCUGUCGUGAAUGACACCGUGGGGACGAUGAUGACCUGUGCCUUCGACGACCAGCAGUGCGAAGUGGGCCUGAUCAUUGGUACCGGCACCAACGCCUGCUACAUGGAAGAGAUGCGGCACAUCGACGUAGUGGAAGGAGAUGAGGGGCGCAUGUGCAUCAACACGGAGUGGGGGGCCUUCGGGGAUGAUGGCAGCCUCAGUGACUUUCGCACGGAGUUUGACAAGGAGAUCGACCGGGGAUCCCUUAACCCUGGGAAGCAGCUGUUUGAGAAGAUGGUCAGCGGCAUGUACAUAGGGGAGCUUGUCAGACUUAUUAUCGUGAAGAUGGCGAAGGGUGGCCUCCUGUUUGAAGGGCGGAUCACACCCGAGCUGCUCACCAGAGGGAAAUUUGAAACCAAGGAUGUAUCAGCCAUUGAGAAAACUAAGGAAGGCCUCCAAAGAGCCCAAGAAAUCCUGACCAACCUGGGCUUGGAGCCGUCCCCUGAGGAUUGCAUCUCCGUCCAGCAUGUGUGUGCCAUCGUCUCACACCGGUCAGCCAACCUGGUGGCUGCCUUGCUGGCUGGCAUCUUGGCUCGCCUGAAAGAAAACAAGGGCACGACGCGGCUGCGGACCACCGUGGGUGUUGACGGGACGCUUUACAAGUUUCAUCCCCAGUAUUCCCGUCGAUUCCACAAGACCCUGCGGCGCUUGGUUCCCGACUGCGACGUGCGUUUCAUCCUCUCCGAGAGCGGGAGCGGCAAGGGGGCCGCCAUGGUGACCGCCGUGGCCUAUCGGCUGGCCGAGCAGCACAGGCAGAUGGAGGAGAUACUGGCCUCCUUCAAGCUCAGCACCGAGCAGCUGAUGCAGGUGAAGGAUAGGAUGAGGAUAGAGAUGGAUCGUGGGUUACAGAAGAAGACCAAUGAAUCAGCCACGGUGAAGAUGCUGCCGUCCUUCGUCUGCGGCACCCCCGACGGGACCGAGAAUGGAGACUUCUUGGCCCUGGACCUUGGCGGCACAAACUUCCGGGUCCUGUUGGUGAAGAUCCGCAGCGGGAAAAAGAGAAGUGUGGAAAUGCACAACAAGAUCUACGCCAUCCCUGAGGAAGCGAUGCAGGGCACCGGGGAGGAGCUCUUUGACCACAUCGUCUCCUGCAUCUCUGACUUCCUGGAUUACAUGGGCAUCAAGGGCGCCCGGCUGCCUCUAGGCUUCACCUUUUCCUUCCCCUGCCGACAGACAAGCCUGGAUGGGGGCAUCUUGGUCACGUGGACUAAGGGAUUCAAUGCGUCUAACUGUGUAGGAAACGAUGUGCCCACCUUGCUGAGAGAAGCAAUUAAAAGGAGAGAGGAAUUUGAUCUGGAUGUUGUGGCCUUGGUCAAUGACACAGUGGGCACCAUGAUGACCUGUGCCUAUGAAGAGCCGACUUGCGAAAUUGGACUCAUCGUAGGGACCGGCAGCAAUGCAUGUUAUAUGGAAGAGAUGAAGAAUAUUGAGAUGGUGGAGGGCAACGAGGGACGGAUGUGCAUCAACAUGGAGUGGGGUGCCUUUGGGGACAAUGGAUGCCUGGACGACAUUAGGACUGAAUUUGACAAAAUCGUGGAUGAUUAUUCCCUCAAUCCUAACAAGCAAAGGUUUGAGAAGAUGAUUAGUGGCAUGUACCUAGGAGAGAUCGUCCGAAACAUUUUAAUCGACUUCACUCGAAAGGGUUUCCUGUUCCGAGGUCAGAUCUCUGAAACCUUGAAAACCCGGGGAAUCUUUAAGACCAAAUUCCUAUCACAGAUUGAAAGUGACCGGUUAGCCCUGCUCCAGGUCCGAACGAUCCUGCAGGAUCUGGGCCUGAACAGCACCUGCGACGACAGCAUCCUCGUCAAGAUGGUCUGCGGGAUCGUGUCCAGGAGGGCUGCCCAGCUCUGCGGGGCUGGGAUGGCGGCCGUGGUGCAGAAGAUCAAGGAGAACAGGGGCCUGAAAACGCUGAAUGUGGCCGUGGGAGUCGACGGGACGCUCUAUAAACUCCAUCCUCACUUCUCCAGGGUCAUGCAUCAGACAGUGAGCGAGCUGGCCCCCGACUGUAAGGUGAAAUUCCUCCUCUCAGAAGAUGGCAGUGGGAAGGGAGCGGCGCUCAUCUCGGCCGUCGGGGUGAGGCUGCGGGAGGCCAAGGCCAAGGCCAGCUAAGAGCCCUGCCCUCGGAGGAGCCCCUGCCCUUCCCCGCCCCCGUCUCUGCACUCUCCAUCUUCCUUCCUUGGGUAGCCUGAACUGAACGCGCACCAGACCCUGCCAAUGUGUGGAGCCCUGUACGCCUCAAGGCAUAAAGAACUUGGGUGCAAAAUUGAGUGUGUGCUGUGGAUGAUCUCUCUCACCCCGGGAGCUCCAUCCUUCCCAGCCCGCCCUGCCACCUUCUUCCCUCCCCCGUCACUGUUCUGCAUGUCUUCAUUUCCAUCGGGUUGUCUGAUUUCCACACGUGAGUUAGUGAAGUCAGUUCCUAAUUUAUAUAGUCAUCUCAGCUAUUUAUUGAUUUGACGUGAAAGGUCCAGCCGCCCAGUACUUCCCUGCUGCCCUCUCUGUGAAAUGUAUUAUCAUGACAAAUUGUGUCUAGACACCCACUUCUGCCCCGGAGUCACCCAGAAACCAGAGGGCUCCUUCCGUCCUGGUAGCAAAAGCCAGCUGGCUCACUUCUGAAGGUCCCCGUUGGGAAGGGGCUGUGCUGGGCUGUGAGGGUCCGGUGAUCACCCGCUGCAUGUGAUGGUCUAGCUCUGUGUGUGUGUGUAUAUGUGUGUGUGUGUGUGUGUGUAUGUGUGUCGGAGGAAGGGUCUGGAAAGCACCUCACGUCAGUUCUUCUCUCCCAUCCCCUGGAGGCUCUCUCUUGCCUCCCGUCUUCUCCUUGGACUGCCUCAUUGUUUUCAUGGGCCGUGUCUUGUGUGACUCUGUGAACCGUUCCAUUCCAACCGUCGGAGCCUUGGUGGGGCUGAUCACGGGUGUGGGAGGGGGUCUACUUCUCAAAGUGUGGCCAAACCAAAAUGUUUUGUGGAUUCCCGUGAAUUUGGGGGGUUCUGGUUUUUCGGGCAUGGAUAUAUGGGUCGUGUCCCUAAGCCCACCCUUCUCCCUGCCCUGCCCAGAAGGACUUGAUGUGGUGUGACUGUGUGUUGUGUUGUCUACCCUUCCAUGUUGUGUGUGAUGAGGGUCGCUCCCUUUCCGUGCCUAGUACUGUAUCUCAGCAGUCAUCCUGCCAGCUCCCCUCACUCUGCCAGUAGUCUCCAACCAGAGUGUCCCCCCUUCCCAUCCCUGAUGCUAGGGAAUGAGAUGGAGAGGCACUCUCACUGGCCUCCUCACCUCUCCUGGCUGGGGCCCAGAGGAAGCCACCUAAAAUCCUAGGAUGAUGGAUGUGAAACUCGAAGGGACUCAGAAGUGAAAGUGACAUCUCAGAGGCAGAAACAGGAUUAGAACCCAGAGCUGGUGUUCUUUACACUGGACCGUAUAGAAUUGGAGAUGGGAGGGCCAGGUUUGAAUUUCAUGAGGAGACGGGGAGAACCGUUCUUCUGCCUGCCACCUCCAAACCAAGGCCCUUCUCUCUCUUUGGCCCAAACUGAGUAGAUUCUCUCCUGCCCGGUUGUUCCCAACCAGAUACUAACGAUCCUUUGAACCGGCGUGCGCCCUGCCAGGGCCAGGUGAAGUUGGCAGGCUCUGUUUUUACCUCUUCCUGUUCAUGAAUUACUCCCUCCCAUGGGAGGAAUUCACCUGGCCCCAACCCCCAACUCCCCUCUGCCCCCAAGAGUCUCAGCCUCUGGCUUCCUUGUCCCCAGCCACCAUCUUGAAUUCCCUCCCCUCCUCCUUCAUGGAUGCCGUGUCCAUCUGUGUCCUGACGCACUGUGAUUGACUGAAUGUUGUGAGGCGCCAUGUUUGUCUGCUUUGCUGUUCUUGGUGUGUCCACCUUCAGGGACUGCAUGCCCACUUGGUUAGGACAGGGAGGAAGUCCGACCGUGCUCACGGGACAGUGAUAUUUGUGGAGAAAACAGACAAACAUCAUUAAAAUUUUUUGCUGUCGGCUCAA